AUGAAGUUCCAGACACUCCUCACCGUGGCCUCGGCCAACCUCGUCCUCGCAAACAACCUCCUCGCCACGACCGCCGACUCAUGGAUCCGCAACAACCGCGAGACCCAGCGCGCAUACUGGUACGGCCGCGCGGUCGUCUACGAGGGCAUCGAAGCCACCAUCGAGCUGACCAAGAACAAGACCCUGCUCGCAUGGUACCGCGACCAGAUGGACGAUGUGGUGUACCCCAACGGCACCAUCAUCAACUAUGACUUGACAAAGUACUCGCUUGACAACUACCGCAUCGGCUUGAACUUGCUGUACUGGUACAAGCAGACCGGCGAGGAGAAGUACAAGGUCGCUGCGGAUUUCAUCCGUGAUAGAAUCAACCAGCAUCCUAGGACGCCUACUGGUGGGUUCUGGCAUCGCUCGCCGACGUACCCGGAUCAGAUGUGGCUGGAUGGCAUCUUCAUGUGCGAUAGCUUCUACGCCGAGUGGACUGCUGAGUUCGACGCCAAGAACACCACGGCCUGGGAUGAUAUUGUCCUUCAGUGGGAUAAGAUCCAGGAAGUCACCAUCGACAAGGAAACCGGUCUUCCCGUCCACGGCUUCGACGAGAGCAAGACCGCCGUCUGGGCUGACCCCGAGACCGGCGCCUCCCCUAUCGUUUGGUCCCGCGCCGUCGGCUGGUACAUCUGGUCGCUCAUCGAAGUCCUCGACGUCUUCCCCAAAUCUCACCCCGGCUACAAGCGCCUCGUCACUUACUACAAGGAUCUCUCCUCCGCUCUCCUCCGCGCCCAAGGCCCCGAGUCUCACCUCUGGGAACUCGUCAUGAACAAGGAGUACGAGGGUGUUGAGGGUAACUACAUCGAGAGCUCCGCCUCCGCCAUGUUCACCUACGGCUGGUUGGCUGGUCUUCGACGCGGACUUCUCGAUGAGAAGACGUACACCAAGCCCGCUAAGCAGGCUUACAAGCGCCUCAUCCGGGACUUUGUGACCAAGAACAACAAUGGAACCAUUACCUGGGAGGGAACCGUCGAGGUUGGAUCGCUGAACAGUGAUGCUUCCUUCGAAUAUUACACUGAGGUUCCUGUUGUUCCUAACGAUACUCGCGGUAUGGGACCUUUCAUGAUGGCUAUUUACGAGUGGGAACGUCGCAGCAAAUAA